UCAGGAAUAGUUUGGUUCAUUUAAGUGUCUGUGAAUGUUCGCUGCUGUAUUCGGUGCCUUUAAAAAUAAAUAAAUAAAUUAAAUUAAAUUAAAUCCUCUCAAUUAAUUAAGCAAUUAAAUGUUAUUUUAGUACUUGUCUACUGCUUUCCAAGAUUAAUAUUGUCUAGCGAGUUUGAAAUGAAAGCAGGCGUGAUUCACUGUAGAUGCUCCAAAUGCUUCUCCUUGCCAGCGAAGCGACGGUUAAGGAAGCGUGCGCCCGCGCUGUCGCUGCUGAGCCUCCCUGAAGAGGUGCUGCUCUGUGUCCUCAAGUGCCUCUCUGCUCAGGACCUCCCUGCAGUCCGAGCGGUCCACUCUCGUCUCCGGGACAUCAUUGACAGCCAUACUAGUGUUUGGGCAAAUGUCCGGUUUCAGGACGUGUGGCCAAAGCCAGACAAUCUCUGGCUCUUUGAAAGAGCUGCAGAAAGCAGGAAUUUCGAAGCAGCAGUGAAGCUGGGCAUUGCCUACCUUUACAAUGAAGGACCGUCAGUGAGUGAUGAAGGGCGUGCGGAGGUGUGUGGUUUGAAAGCCUCCCGCUUUUUCAGCCUGGCGGAGAGCCUGCGGGCCCCAGCGGACCCCUUCGUCUGGCUCUUCAUCCGGCCUCCCUGGUCCCCAUCGGGCAGCUGCUGCAAGGCCGUGGUGUUCGAGAGCCUGAGGGCUGAGUGCGAGGCCGACCCGGGGAAGAAAGCAUCCCUGAUGUACUGUCUGGCCAGAGUUCUUCGGCUAUUUGAUGAUGAACAGAAGCACAGUGAAGCCCUGACCAUGUUAAAAGAGUCUUCCAGUCAUGGAUGUUUACAGAGCUCCUACCUCCUGUGGGAGUCCAAAAGAAGGGCUGCGAUGGGAGACCCAGGCAGAUACCUCCAGUGCCUACGAACACUCAGGGACUAUGCAGCUAAAGGCAGCUGGGAAGCACAGCUGGCUCUGGCUAAAGCGUGCGUGAAUGGGAACCAGUUGGGUCUGGAAGCGAAGGCCUGCAGCGACGUGGUGUCUCAGAUCUUCCAGUCGUCCUGCCCGCUCCCCAAGCAGGGCAUGUUCACGCUGCAGAAGGGGAUGAACGACACCAUGAGGUACAUCCUCGUGGACUGGCUGGUGGAGGUGACCACAAUGAAGGAUUUCUCCAGCCUGUCCCUCCACGUGACGGUGGGGUGCGUGGACCGCUAUCUCCUGCUGCGCUCUGUCCCGAAGGCCAGGCUGCAGCUCCUGGGAAUCGCCUGCAUGGUCAUAUGCACGAGGUAUACGAGUAAAGAGAUCCUGACCAUCCGAGAAGCUGUCUGGCUCACAGACAACACCUAUAAGUAUGAGGACUUGGUCAGAAUGAUGGGAGAGGUCAUCUCCGCACUGGAAGGCAAGAUCAGAACUCCCACGCUGCUAGAUUAUGGGGAGGUGCUGCUGUCUCUCUCUCCACUGGACAAGAGGAGUGAGAAUCUCUUGCAGUAUAUCUGUGAGCUGUCUCUGCUCUAUACCAGCCUGUCCCAGUACUCUCCCGCCCGCCUUGCUGCUGCUGCACUGCUGCUCACCAGGAUCCUGCACAGGCACGCCAACCCCUGGUCCAGCCACCUGUCCGAGUGCACAGGCUACUCUCUGCAAGACCUGGUGGACUGUGUGCUGAGCCUGCACAAGAAGUGUUUCCAUGACGAUGUUCCGAAAGACUACAGACAUGUUUCACUGACGGGUGUGACGCAGCGGUUUGAGGAUGACUGUUACCAACAGAUUAGCAAGGAAAAGGUGCUGGAGUUCAGCGAGCUGUGUGUGAUCCUGGAGGUGAAAGAAGACGCGCUGUCUGCUGCUCAGCCCCUCGUGCCCCCCAGCUCCAGCACUGCAGACAUGCACACCUUCCUCUCCUCCCCGGCCAGCAAGAACAAGAGGAGAAGGGAGGACGGUCUUCGGGAAGACCGGGGUAGCUUUGUGGCAACGCCCACUACCGAGCUGUCCAAUCAGGAGGAGACUCUGCUGGGGGACUUCCUGGACUGGAGUCUGGACACUUCCUGUUCGGGGUACGAAGGGGACCAGGAGAGUGAAGGGGAGAAAGAGGGAGAAGUGACUGCCCUGUCUGCUAUGCUGGACUUGGUUUUUGAGGACGGCGAGCAGCACUGCCGAGCACAGUCCAGUGAAGACGAGAGCCCCUUUGAGGAGACGGGACACGGUGAGGGGGGCUCUUCCUCCAGGACACGCGGGAUGCUGUUUCGGAGCCUCAGUGACCCCCCUGCUGACCUCAGCUCGGGGUACUCCUCUGUGAACAGCAGCCCCCCCUCCUCUUCCGCUAGCGCCCUGGGCAAACCCCUCGCUGUGUCCCCACUGGCACUCCCCCCGGCAGCACAGAGACAUGUUCACCGGAGGCAGCUCAAGAGGAAGAACGCAGCAGAGCACAGCAGGGGGGAGAUUAGCGCUCUGAGCAUCUGAACAGACCGGAAACCAACCAAACAAACUUACGAGUCACCUCGCAACUGUGUUUCUUAAAUUUGACACUUAUUUAAACCGAACAGUAUCAUCAGAGGUAUGCCCAAAUAAGAGUGAAAUCAGAUUUAUUUUAUUUAUGUAUCAAAUCGCAGUCUGAAUUCUGACCAUUUUAGACCAAAACGUGAAAAAGCACGUUCGAUAAGAGGAACCCAAAGACAACACUGCUUCCAUUCUGUAGCUGGCCCCCGCUCUAAAACAGUCCUAGUCCGAACUAGAGACUGCUGGCCAUCCAGGGGAGUGAAGGACCGCUGGAAUGUUGGAGUCAAACAAGGUCACCAGUAUUCUGUCAUCAUGCACCGACUACUGUAUAACAGUAUUGAGUCUGUAACCUCCUUGGAUCAUGCGCACUGCACCUUUCCAGUCUUCUCUGAGCAUGUGUUUCAGAUGGCACCUCACUGUGCGAGGCAGCUUUAUCUAAACUGCUUACUGACAUACCUCAGACUGAAAAAUGCUUGAAUGUUACUGGAUUGAGCCCCCCCCCCCCCCCCUUUUUUUUUAUUCCCAGUCUAUAUUCAGGGACUGCAUCUAUGGCACUAACCAUAGCCAAUAUUUUUUUUUUUUUUUUUUCUCUUCUAAACUUCAUGAUUGUGUGCAUUUGUCAAGACACUGCAUAGCACUUUUUUUCCUGAAAUUCUCAGAGACAAUUAGUCAGUUAAGCGGAUUUCUAUUUGAGUAGCUGUCUAGAAUAGCAAAAGUUUUAAAUACUACACUAUUUGGUGAAAACUGAUCAUUUUGCAAACCACUGAAGUUAACGCACAGAAACAGUUUACUCACAAGCACAUGAUUUGAAAUGGAGUUUAAAAAAAAAAAAAAAAAAAAAAAGGUCUUCAGUAUGCACUGAAAGUGCGCUGCAUUUCAAAAUAUGGUACACACAGGUCUUUUCAAAUGUAGUAUAUAUUACUUUAAAAUAUUAUGAAUUUAACAUAGGGUGCUGAGGGGGGGGGAGGGGUCCCUCUGCACAUGUGCAGAUAGUGUCCCCAUGUUGCACUGGAGGGCCGAGCAUAGCUAUGCAGUACAUUAAAAUAGAGAGACAAUCUGAAUACGAUACAGGGAAUUGCUGUGUGUUAUUUUUUCUUUCAGAAACCAUUUUAAAAAUGUAUCAUGAUAUUGUGCCUUAACAACAAAAAAAAAAAAAAUCAAGAGGUUGUGGUAAGAAUCUGGUGUAACUCCUUGGACACGAGAGUUUACAGCAGAAUGACCCACCCCCACCCCCCCCCCCCCCCCCCCCGAUACAGGAGGCAUGUUGCCACACUAAUAGCCAUAACAGGCAGCUGCACAGGGCUGAGCAAACUAAACACAUGUGGUCGUGUCCCUGCAGUAUCCAGCAAUGACUAUCCACCCCUGAUACUACAUGCUUGUGUAGUAAUGCCAUCAGUGUUUGUUUUUUUUCUCAAUGAAUGUGAACGUUGGCUUGUAAAUACUUUUGUGUUGUAUUAGAUUAGAUAUAUAUAUAUUGUAAAUAUCAUUUUGUAUUUUUUUUCUGUAUUUUGCAUAGAGGGGAAUGAAAAAAGGUGACUACUUGAAAUGCUUCUAAUUGGAUUGGCAAAAUCCCUACUACUGUGUUUUGCAAUGCACACUAUAUACUGUUUUGCCAUUUCCUACCAACGACCACCUGCUCCCAAUAACAAACCUCCCAGCGCAGAGUGCUUGUCCCUUGUGUGGAGAAUAUUCUGCAUACAGAUCUAGUGCUGUUUAUAAAGCCAUGAGCACUAAGUUACCGAAGGGCUUCCUAGCUGUGAUUUUUAAAAUAAAUAAGUUGUAUUUAUGAGUCUGACACUAAGGUACUACAGAAGUGGAUGUUGAAGGAGUGUUUUUUAAAUGCAUGAUGCUCUCUAAUUAUGUGAUCAUGCAAAUACCUUCAAUUUGUGUUGGCUUAUUUCAGACUGAAAUAGGAAACGUUUUCUGUUCUCAACAGUGUCCUGCUGCAGUGAACAAUAAAAUACUCCUAAUUGAAA